GAGUAGAAUGUUGGAAAGACGUGCGCAGAGCCAUCGGUUUUACCCCAAGCUCGCCAUUUUUGGCGGCCCCACCAACGAGCUUUUUCCCGAGCUUUGCACGUAACUCGGUCCCUCGCUUCGACACUCGUUGCGCGUCGCUCUACUCGCGAGGGUAGAAAAUUAUUUAAUUUCGUGGAGAAAGGAGAGACAAAAAAGCUGCCACCAUGGACGCGAUCAAGAAGAAGAUGCAAGCGAUGAAGCUUGAGAAGGACAAUGCCAUGGACAAGGCCGAUGUCUGUGAGGGACAGGCCAAAGAGGCCAACAUGCGGGCAGACAAGGUCCUGGAGGAGGUCGCCGAUCUCCAGAAGAAGCUCAGCCAGGUUGAGAACGAUCUCACAACGAACAAGGGAGCCCUUGAGCAGGCCAACAAGGACCUGGAGGAGCGCGAGAAGUCCCUCACCAAUGCGGAGUCCGAGGUCGCCGCUUUGAACAGAAAAGUCCAGCUCAUCGAGGAGGACCUCGAGCGCUCGGAGGAGCGUCUGAACACCGCCACCGCCAAGUUGACGGAGGCGUCGCAAGCUGCUGACGAGUCUAGCCGUAUGUGCAAAGUCCUGGAGAACCGCGCCCAGCAGGACGAGGAGCGAAUGGACCAGCUGACGAAUCAGCUCAAAGAGGCCCGUCUCCUCGCUGAAGACGCUGAUGGUAAAUCCGACGAAGUAUCACGUAAACUGGCCUUCGUUGAGGACGAACUCGAAGUCGCUGAGGAUCGCGUCAAGUCCGGUGAGGCGAAAAUCAUGGAGUUGGAAGAGGAACUCAAGGUCGUUGGUAACAGCUUGAAGUCCCUGGAGGUCUCGGAAGAAAAGGCCAACCAAAGAGUCGAGGAAUUCAAACGCCAGCUGAAGACCCUGACCGUCAAGCUGAAGGAGGCCGAGGCACGAGCUGAAUUCGCGGAGAAGACUGUCAAGAAGCUGCAGAAGGAGGUCGACAGGCUCGAAGACGAGCUUGGAAUCAACAAGGACAGAUACAAGUCCCUCGCCGACGAGAUGGACUCGACCUUCGCUGAAUUGGCCGGCUACUAAUAGAAAUCCCCAAGAAUAUAAUCUCCUUUGCACGAGAAAAAAUGUGAAAUAUCCCAGGGACACAACGAGGUGUCCAAUCAUACCGUCAAUUUACCACCGUAACUUGUACACCUGUCUCGAUGCCAUCGCACCUGUCAAGUGUUACUCAUCAUCGCAAUACACCACUUGGCAGGAGCGACAGUUGAGUAGGCGAUAUAUCAAUUUAAGCCAAAUACAUUUACAGAUUAAAAUCUUCAUUAA